ACGCUUGAUCAGCCAGCCUCAGCCAUUCUGCCUCUGACACGCUCACACACCUCUUGAGCCUUUCAUCAUGUCGCUUUCCCGCCAACAUACCCGUCUCCUCCGCUCAGACCCGCCCGGUGACCAAGUCCAAACGCAUCCUUCUCCCGAAAACCUGAACCUCCCAAGAUCGAUCGAUCGAUCUACCCCUACUCGCCGGAGGACCUCGCCAUGGCGGACGCCAUCGUCUCCGCCGUCAUAGGCGAUGCCGUCAGCAGGGUGAUCUCCCUCCUCACGGGACGCUUCGGCGCCGGCCACCAGCAGAGCACCGAGGCCAAGCUGCGGAGGAUCUGCCGCACGCUCGUCAGGGUCCACGCCGCGGUGGAGGAGGCCAGAGGGCGGCAGAUCACCAACGGCGGCGCCCUCCGGUGGCUCUCGGAGCUCAUCGACGGCGAGUACCAGGCCCGGUACCUGAUCGACACGGUUGGCCUAGGCCGCGGCGACGAGCAGGUGCCGCCAUCUCCGCGAGAUUCCUCCACGACGUCCACGUCCCCGUUCAACCCUGCGAAGCGCGUGCGGGUCGCCGUGAAGAGGGCUCUGUCGCGCCGCGAUCCCGGUGGUGCCGACGGCGACGACAUCGACGGGGCUCUCGAGAGCUUGCAGGAGGUCUCGGCCCAUCUCGGUGAGUUCAUCCUGCUCCUCCAAGGCUGCCGCCCGAUCCGCCGUCCCCUGCCAACGAGCAUCCUCGUCGACGGGCAGAUGUUCGGCCGGCACGUGGAGAAGGAGCGGGUCAUCAACUUCCUGCUCCACGGCGGCGGCGGCGCCGGGGAGCUGGGCGUGCUCCCCGUCGUCGGCGCCAUCGGGGCCGGCAAGACGACCCUGGUGCAGCACGCCUGCGACGACGAUCGGGUGCGCGCCCACUUCCCCGCGAUCCUCUUCUUUAACUUCUCGUGCACCUACGCCAUCGCCGCGAGCGGAGGAGCCGCCGCCGCCCUCCGGUCCAAACACGUCAUCGGCGGCGACGCUCCGCUCAGCCUGAUGAGCGACCCGCUGCGGUGGAUCAAGGGGAAUUUCCAGAGCAGGAGGUUCCUGGCCGUGUUCGAGGACGUCGACAUGCGCGGGAAGCAGAGGCUGGAGGAGCUCCUGCGCAAGCUGCGGUGCGCUGCGCGGGGGAGCAGGGUCAUCUUCACGACGAGCGACCGGCGCGUCUCGACAUUGUUGGGAACGGUGGAGCCGGUCGUGCUCAGGGUCCUGCCCCGGCCGGAGUACUGGUUCUUCUUCAAGGCGCACGCGUUCGCCGGCAGGGACCUCGAGGAGUGCCCGAGGCUGGUGGCCGCGGGCAUGGCGAUUGCCCGGAAGCUCAGCGGGUCCUUCUUCGGAGCCAAGAUUGUGGGAGGGCUGCUCAGGGACCAUCCGGACCCCAGGUUCUGGGGCAGGGUGCUGGGGAGCAACAUUGGGGGCCUGUCCCUGCUCGGCGAUGGCAUCGGUUACAUCGCGGAUUUGGCCGAGAACCUGCUCCCGGAUCAUGUGAACGUUCACCAGGUGACCAUCUCCAAGGCCCCCUUCGCCUCACAGGUAGAGCUGCCAAGAUUCCAGGACCUGCUGGUGCGUGAACCCGGCUUGGCAGGGAACACCAGCUUUGUCAGAGUGCUGCUGUGCAAGUCGGUGAUGCCGUUCUACAGCACUCACUACAUUGCUUCUUGCACUGUUGGCUCAGGAAACAGUUGGUACGAGCGCGCUAUGGUUCCAUCUAGUUUCUUGUUGGAUCAUGUGUAGAGCUCUAGAUAGCGUCAAGUGAAAGCCAAGCUUGUAUGUCUGUCAUCCAUGAUCCAGCUCCAGCAGUGCUUCCUUCUGUACAUGUGUUCUCAGAGUAGGAGCUCUGUUGUUUAUGCCUGUCUUUCUGUAGUUUCUGAAGUAUAUGUAUAACGCCUGUCAUUUUUCUUCUUCCUAAAUGCCGGCGAAAGAUUGCAUUCAGAGCAAUAACCUCAAAGGAUUUCCAUGUCAGGUA